UUUGUGGAGAUGAGAGGGGAUGCAUCUACCAGAAUCGCUUGGUUAUCUAAAUAUCCUUUCCAUUAUGUAGUAAACUAGCCUUUGCAUACUGGCAUAUGGUUUUACUUCAGUUGUAUACCUGAACUACUAACCAGAACUGAUUGGACUCUGGCCCUUUCCUCUAAGAAGGCGCCGAAGCCCAAGGAGGAAGCGGUUGUCCUCCACAAGACAGAGGCCAAGUCCAAGGCCUUGAAAGCCAAGAAGGCAGUGUUGAAGGGUGUCCAUAGCCACAAAAAGAAGAAGAUCCAAACGUCUCCUACCUUCCGGCAACCCAAGAUGCUGAGACUUCGAAGGCAGCCCAAAUACCCUCGGAAAAGUGCUCCUCAGAGAAACAAGCUUGAUCACUAUGCCAUCAUCAAGUUUCCCUCGACCACUGAAUCAGCUAUGAAGAAGAUUGAGGACAACAACACUCUUGUCUUCAUUGUGGAUGUCAAGGCCAAUAAGCAUCAGACCAAGCAGGCAGUAAAGAAGCUGUAUGACAUUGAUGUAGCCAAGGUCAACACACUGAUCCGGCCUGAUGGAGAGAAGAAGACCUAUGUCCGACUUGCUCCUGACUACGAUGCAUUAGACGUUGCCAACAAAAUUGGAAUCCUCUAAACUUUGUCCAACUAUCCUGCUCCACCUUCAAUAAAACUUUUC